CUGGAGCUGAUGUGUUGCUGACUCUCCUCCUCUGUCUCCUCUCACAGGGAGAAGAUGAUCUGCAGGAUCCUGCUGCUCAUCAUCCUCAACUCAUGUCUCUGUGCAGCAACAUUUGUAGUGAAUGUGACACAGAGCUCCUAUCAGGCAGAGGAGAACCACAGCAUCACUCUGGAGUGGACCUUCACCACCAGACCUGAUGAACCCUGGAGAGAUCUGUUCAUCUACUGCUGCUCAUUAACUCCUAGGAAAGAAUUAGUCCUUUAUCAGGUCCAUGAUGGUGUUGAGGUGUCAGAGUCUCAGGAUGAACAGUUUUCAGGACGAGUCCAGAGUGACAAAGACGUCCUCAGAGAAGGACGAAUCAGACUCCAUGUGUCCAGACUGAGGACUGAAGACUCUGGUCAGUAUUACUGUGAAGUGAAGACUGAUGAUGGUUCUGGUUCUGCAGGGACCAGGAUCACAGUCACUGACCCAAACUUUGUUAAAAUGACGACAACAGAACCGGUUCCUGAUAGAAACAUCACCACUCCAGCCACAAAGCAGGAGACCAUCAGUACCGGAACCCGGUCCAGGCUGCCUCUGUGUUUUGCUGUUAUUUCCUUCAUUUCUCUGAUUUCACUUUUCAUCUUCAAACAUAAAAUGGGCAAGAAAUUUAAAGAGAAACUCUCCACCUUGGAGUGUGGAUGCCUUGUUCAAGAGCAGUUCUGUGUUCAUGUAGAUAGGAGCUCCAUGAGGUCUUCUCUCCUGCAGAUUUCUGAGGGCUCGGAUUCAAACCAGCAACUGCAGCAUCAAGGAAACCCUGGAGAAGAGCCGAGCCUUCAGUCAGAGGACCAUGGAUGAUGGGUCCAGAGAGACUCGUGAUUUCUCUGCACCUUUAUUUCUUUCAUCAGCUCUGCAGUCCGUCUGUUUCUCAGCAAAUGUUGGAGGACUUUAACCUAAAACAGCAGAAGACCUGCUGCUUGUUUGACUCUGGACUCUGUUGUUGUUCUGCUGGAGCGCCCCCUUGUGGUCGCUGCAUGACUCUGCAGGAAUCCCCCAAACUUUGAGACCAAGCAGUUCUGGAUUUAUCUUCAAGAAGGGGAAAAAAAUAAGAGUUUUAGACCAAAAAAGAAACUAAUUUUGUGUAAACAGAGCAGCUAUUUUUAUGAUGUUGAUUUAACAUUUGUGUGAAACUGAUCUGGUAUCAUGUUUAUUUUGAUGUUUUAGUUUUUAAGCCCAUAUCUAAAUACAUGUUGAACAUGUUUGAACUGUGAACGUUGCCAGAAGACUAUCUGUAGAUCAGAGUCAGCUGUAGAGUGUUAGGAAGAAAUAUUUUAAAUCCUUAUCUGGACGUGUUCUUGUAGAAGAUGUGCAGUAGGGAUGUUAUAGUUGUUUUUUUUAUAAAGCUGGUCAGUAACAGCUGCUGAGCACUGUGGAACCAAAGCUAAAGUCAAACAGCCUGGAUUAUUGGCUGAUUUCUUAAACUGAUGUAUUUUGCUGCUUGAACCUGGAAGCACUUUAACUGAGACCCAAUGAUGUUAGUUAUUCACUGACAGUUAAAACUACAGAGAAUGAGAAAAUGUGUAAAAGCUCAGAGUAAUAGUUCACAUCCUGUCACUAAGCAGAGCUUUUAUUUAUUGUAAGUGAACCACGGGUUUAUUUAUGCUUUAUUUCAACAUGAUGGAUUCUUUGCUACCUCCUUCUGUUCAUUUAUUCCAUUACAGAAAAACCUUGUUACCACAAAGAAUAAAACCAGCAAUAAUGUCUUUUACUUAGAUAUUUAUUUACACACUACUGCAUAUUUAUUAAAA